AUGGGACUGCGAGGAUCGAAACAACCGGAAGCCCAAGUCCUCCUCCUGGGCCUGGACAAUGCUGGAAAAUCGACUCUUCUUUACAAACUGAAACACAACACGUGCGUCACAACAGUUCCCACCAUCGGCUUCAACGUGGAAAUGCUCGAGGCGAGAAAGAACAGGAAAAACCUCUCUCUAACCGUGUGGGAUGUCGGUGGGCAGCGACAGAUGCGCGAGCACUGGACCAAAUUCCACCAGGACGCAUCAGCCGUCGUGUUUGUUGUGGACAGCUCGUGCAAGGAGCGCAUGGAGGAGGCGCGGAAAGAGCUGGAGAAAACUCUGGGGAGCGAACAGCUGCGGGGCCGUCCACUGGUCCUACUGGCCAACAAACAGGACGUGAAUGGCGCUGUGACUGUCACUGAAAUCAAGGACACGUUUAACCUGAGGAAGAUUUGCUCUGGUCGGGAUUGGUUCGUUCAGCCUUGUUCCGCGUCCACUGGAUUUGGGGUUGAAGAGGCCUUUAGGAGAGUGGUCCAAAUGGUCAAAUAAAACAUGUAUUUAUAUGAAA